AUGUCUGAGGCAGAAGCAACCUCAAACCGCCAUACUUACAGGCCUAUACCCAGAAACAGCAAACAAACCAGGGUCUUAAAUACCCAAAAAGUCGAUAACAGAGAUGACCCUAUAGUCUGUAAUCUGAGCAAAGUCGAUCUUGAUGACCGAACAAUCACUUACAAUGAAGCUUUGGAAGUCUUCAGUGGAGCCCUCAUCCCUAUCUUGUCCCGGUUUCGAAAAGGAUUAACCCGUCGCGUCUUCUGGAACUACUGGAAUCUCGACCCGGGAAAAGCUCGCGCCAGUUGGGAUACCAAGACGGCCCACGACGUCGCCGCACAAGAACCCUUGCACGACUUCUGCGACAGGCCGUUGGUGACAGGCUGCCUGGGUGGUUCAAUUGGGGGAAUUAUCUUGCCCUCAGCUAUAUUUAAAGCGAACAGAAAGUCAAAAAAACAAUCACACUUGACGACUCCACCUUUAUGGUUGACCAGAACAUCGUCAUGUGAACUUUCGACCCGGGCCAUAAACGUCUGGAUCGAUGCUAUCUGCAUUAACCAGGACGCCUUUCAAGAGAGUGCUGCGGAAGUGACAUGUAUGUGGGUCAGGCAGGAAAUCGCCCUCAUCUCAUUUAUUGCCUUCCGGUUUGGCGACAUCUACCUCACCCCAAAAGAACUCUUCACCUUUCCUUACGUGUUUGAAUUAAACAUGGAUCGUCUUAAAAAAGCCAAGCGGGUGAAUAUGCUGACCCAGAAGAGAUCACCAGAGCCAGUCCCAGAACCUAUUUAUGCGUACUAUCCUACGGAGUUUACAGACUGCCUAAUAUAA